AUGGCGGAACAAGUCUCAUUCCUCGAGCCACUGAAGACGGUUCACGAAAAUCGUUCGGAGGAAGUGUUCGUCCGGGCAUUUGUCGUCGAGAUUCCGGCCAAAUUGACGAGCAAAGCACUUGGCAUCGUCAAGCCUGUGAUUCCUAGCGGCGGCAAGCACCCAUCAUUCAGUCACUUUCGCCGUGUAUGCUCUCUCACUCACCUACCCCUCGACUUGACGUGGCGACGUGAUUAUGAUGCUCGGGGCCUACAAACCGUCUUUUUGCUGGUGCCAAACACCGUCGUUCCGUGGGAGGACAUCAAGGCGACACUCGUGCCACACAUCGAUGUCGAAGGUCUUCCGCGUUGCUUCGAUGCUGUAGUCCCGAGCCACGCACCUUUGAGUGUAGAGCAGGCUGCCCUCUGGACGCAACGGUACUGGCCAUCAGUCUACAAUCCGGCGGCCCAAGUCAUCCAGGAUGCUCCACCUCUUCACCAGCUUCGACGGAUGCGAACCAUGCUUGAGGUGCCGGCCGCAGACACGUACAUGGCGCUCGCAAGGAGAGCUGCCGAGGCAUCCAAGGAGCUCGGCCACGGAAGAGGCGUUGGUGCUGUUGUGGUAGAGCCCGAAACUGCCACAGUUGUCGCGGUUGCUGGCGAUGCCCGUUGGUGGUCAGAUGAUCCGGCGACUCUUCAAUCGCUGAUGGCAAACAAAGGAGAGGGAAGACCGGAAUAUCACGCCGUCAUGCGUGCUGUCGCCAUGGUCGCCAACAAGGAGCUGCGUCGACGCAUCAGAGCCGGUGGUCACCUCAAGUUUAAGGACACAUGCACUGAAACCCCAUCUGGCCAAGCGCUCACACCCGUCGAAAGUCAAUAUGAAGACGAUGGCCCAGUCCUCCAGGACGUUACCUCUGGACUGGCGAACGUCGUCCUCGAGAACACCGAGAGUGAUGCCAUGUCGGCCAAACGAGCGGCUUCUCGGGGCGAAGGGUAUCUCUGCAGCGGACUCGACAUUUAUUUGACACACGAACCUUGUGUUUGCUGUGCCAUGGCUAUGAUCCAUUCGAGAUUCCGAGCCUGUAUCUUUGUUCAGAAGAUGCCGGGCAGCGGUGGCCUAUGCUCUGAACCCGGCGGCAAUCGACUGGCAUACGGACUGUUCUGGCGUCGAGAGCUCAAUUGGCGCGUCAUGACAUUCCGCCACACGCAAGCGGCUGCUGUCGAAGGCGAAGAAGGCGCGUCGGACACAGCAAUAUUCCAUGCUUAG